CCAAAAGGAAAAUUCUCUCAAACUGUCACCACUACUUUCUCUCGUGCUUUUCUGCUCUCACCCAUCAUACCCCGUCGCGCCGUGCGCCGCCGGACACAUCGCCGUUCACCGUCGUGCCGCCGCGUCUUCUACCAACCACCGCAUUGUAUCGCGCCUCUUAGAACCCCCACCGCCUUGUCGCUCUGUUUCUCACUCAGGUAACGCUCUGUGCUAGUGCUGUAUCGAAGUAGAACACGUUUGCUACUGGUUCUGGUUCUGGUUCUGGUGAUGGAGCAGAGCAUUGGUCAACGCAGAUUCAGCAGCAUAGAAUGAAUCUAUCCUCACAAGGAAAGCUUCUUCUCAACGCUUCCCUCUUUCCCAAUUUCUCCUUCUUCCCAGGGGUUCGGAGGUUGGCUCUUGUUCCACGUUUGCCACAGAGUCAAGGGCUGAGAAGGGUUUUACCUAAAAACGUGGAUUGGAGGAUGGAUAGUGGUGACUUGGGUCUUGAAUUCAAGGCUGGGGUGGUUCAUCCAGCAAGGGAUGAUUAUGCGGCGGAGGCAGUUGAAGCUUUGAAAGCUGGGAAGGUUAUUGCAGUGCCCACUGAUACACUCUAUGGAUUUGCUUGUGAUGCUUGCUCAUUGGAAGCAGUUAACAGGAUUUAUGAGAUUAAAGGCAGAAAGCAUACGAGCCCUCUUGCUAUUUGUGUUGGUGAUGUAUCCGACAUAAACCGGUUUGCUGUCACCGACCAUUUACCUCAUGGUUUGCUUGAUUCCCUCCUACCAGGGCCUGUUACAGUUGUUCUGAAACGAGGAGAGUCGAGCAUUCUUGAACAAUCUUUGAACCCAGGAUUUGAUAGUAUAGGAGUUAGAGUGCCUGAUAGCAAUUUCAUUAGAGUCAUUGCCCGUGGUUCAGGAACUGCUCUGGCCCUUACUAGUGCAAACUUGAGUGGACAGCCAAGUAGUGUUUGCAUCAAAGAUUUUGAGAAACUCUGGGAGCAUUGUGCUUUUGUUUUCGAUGGCGGCUUGCUUCCAUCAGGUCGUGCGGGCUCAACAGUUGUGGACCUCACUACACCACACAAAUACAAGAUACUAAGACCUGGAAGUGCAAAGGAAGAGACCGUUGCCAUCUUGGAGAAGCAUUCUUUCGUUGAAGCGGAUACGAGGUGACACGGUGACACCAAUAUAAACGGAUGUUAGCUCUCACUUUGAGAUAAAAAGUGAACGGACUUCUUCUUAUGAAUUGGGAUAAAAGUUUGUUAACAUUACACUCAAUCAUCUGGUAUCCAAACACAAAUGAAGUGCAAUUCAUCUUUCAGUGAUUCAUUCUUUCACGGCAAAGAACAAUUCUUUGGCUUGGACAUGUGAGAUACUAUCGCCAGGCCUAUUUCUUUCUAAUAUUGUCUAUACAUUAAACAUUAUUGUGCCACGUGAUUCUAUAGUUUAUUAUAUUCUGCAACUAUUAAAUCAGGUUUUGAGAGCCUAAAUGUUAAAAGGUUACACUGACGAUUAUCUUAAUUUAUGAAGAUGGACUUUGUGAAAGCACUCUAUCUCUAUGCAGAUAUGCUUAUUUCAUCAACA